CCCUUGGGUGCUUGGGUUUCAAAAAUCCAUCUCCCUUUAUGAAAACCCACAUAUGCAAUACAUAGCAGCAACUAGAAAAAUCACCCCAGAAUGCACGCCUGUGCUUUUGGUUUUCUAGCCCAUGCUUUUCCCAAAAUGCACCAUUUCCAUUUCAUUCUUCAUGAAAAGCAUGGGUGAGCCCUUGGAAAGCACGACCGUGCUUUUGGAAGCUGAUUCUCGUGCUUUCGGCCCAGAUCUCUUAUCUCAAAGCACAACCUUUAAAUGGUAAAGCAAGAAUGUGAUUUUGUGAUGCUUUGAUAGUACAUUCCGUCCAAAUACACGAUUUGUCAUGCCAAUGCUCAUGGAAGGUCUGGUCGUGCUUUUCUUCCCUUUGGCACUCCUUAGUUGCGAAUGACCUCCAAAUGACCCGAAACUUGCACCUAAGCUUUCCUUCACUUGCUAGAGCCUGAUAUAUGUCAAAUGAACACAACCUAUCACAGGCAAAUGAGAAGCAUGUUAUCAAGACAAACAUGUCAAAAAAAAAAAUAAAGAGAUGAGUGGCAAAACAUGUAUAAAUGAGCUCAUAUAACUCCUCUAUCAUCUACUCUAUUCUACUGAAUGGACACAAGUCGAAAUUUCAAAAAAUCUCGAGGAUCCCCACAAUAUGACCAUUUCUCAUCUUAUCUAUUUAUACUUUGUCUUGAAGGCAUAAUAUAUUUGAUAAAUAAGGAUGAAAUGGAAGGUAAAUUUCAUGAAAUUCAAGUAUGUGGGGGCGCCCCAGUAAUAUCACAUCUCUUCUCUGCAGAUGAUUGUGUGAUAUUCAGAAGGACUACACCCCAAGAGAGCAACAACCUCAAGGAUAUCCUAAAGAUAUACGAGCAAGAAUCAACCCAAAAGAUUAAUUUAUAUAGGUCUAAAAGAUAUUUAGCAAAAGAUACACCUCCCUCCCACGAGAAUAAAGGAAGGAGGGCUUGAUUUUUGUGAUUUGAGAGUUCUUAAGAAAGCCCUUUUGGCAAAACAACUCUGGAGGAUCAUUCGGAAUCCUUAUUUUUUUAUGGCUGAGAUUUUAAAGGAAAAUUACUUCCACCCUUCUUCUAUUUUGCAGGUUGGAACACACUUAAACUGGAGUGUUGUCUAGAAGCUUGUUGCGAGCUAGAGAGCUUCUCUUAGAGGGUAUGAGAUGGAUAGUUGGCUACAGAUAGAUAUCAGAAUAUUGAACAAGAAAUGGAUACUUAACGAGACAAACCACCCCAUAUAUUAAGUUAAACAUAAUCAACACAUAUGUGGUUGUGGACUCACUUUAUAUAUGAGUCUAUAUGACUUGCAGCAUAGUAUAGAUUCGUGUUUGAGAAGAUAAAAAAUAGCAAUGAACAAAACAUGGACUACUAAUCAUACAAAAUUGAGAUUGGGGAUGCAUAUGAGUGUAAUGCAAUCCGCUCUCACUUGAAGGAGAACUCGAUAAAAGGGUACUUACUACUGACGCUAAGAAAUAGACAGAUGGAGAACAGAUAAAUUAACGGAAAGAGUUCUUUUGUCAUUUUUGCAUAAUUCAGUGACCAAAAAUGUCAUUUAAUCAUUGAAAAUGUACAAUGCUUAAAAAAGAAAAGUCUAAAACAAGGGACAUAUUCAAAAUUUGAAACUCGGCGACUGGAGGCGCUCCAACGGUCCACUAAACCUAUUAGGGUUUCCGCUUCCCUGUGGCGGCCCACACUAUAUAUACUUCACCCACACAAAAUGAAUCCCUCCAUUCCCCAUUUCCUCCAUCUUUGCCGUUUACUUCAGUUGCAGAAAGGAUAAGCACAAACCGCCCCCCGCUGCGAUGGAAGGUUUCGAUUUCCACAGCCUUGCAAGGAAGGACCUCCAAGCUCUGUGCAAGCAGAACAAGAUCCCUGCCAACCUCACCAAUGUCGCCAUGGCCGACUCUCUGCAAUCUCUCCAACAGGUGGAGGGACUCGAUGAAUUAAUCGAAGCACUGAAGUCUGAUCCUCAUCGUUCCCCGGGGAAAACUGUCCCCGGAACGCCUGUGGUUCCGCCGUCCGGCCGCCGAAGUACAGUUAGAAGUAAGCCUGCUAUAGUUGAGCCAGUGACUCGUACUCGGCGCACUACAAGGAAAACUGCUGCUCCUGGUGCAGUUGCUGAAACUCCGGUGACGGCAGUAAGCAGGAGGAAGGUGCCCGUCCCUGAAGCUAGCAAGUUUAGUUUGGAAGGCGAGGGAGUUGGUGUUGUGGAGAAGACUAAGGCUGCCUCAGUAGCAAAAUCUGUCCAGAGUGGUUCAUCGUCUGUGGCCACUUCUAUCCACAAAGAUGAAAAAUCUUUCCAGAAUGUGUACAGCAGCAGACGAUCAGUAAGGUUGUUGGAGAAGAGCAUGGCAAAAAUUUGUUUGAAUGAAGGCGACGCCGCUGGAGAUGAUUCAUCGAUUGCACCAAAGGAGGAAACCCAUGUCUCUUGUGGAAACUUGGACUCUUUAUUGGAGAAUGAAUCUGAAAUCCAAGAAGGAGUUUCUGCAGAUCAUGCGAACAUUAGCUCGGAGUCUGUUAAAAGUGAUGACAUGAGUGUAGUUCCAAGCUUAGGUUCUCAAGAGGAGAAUGUUGAUAUGAAUUCGGAUGUAGUUGAGCCUCUUCCCAAAGCUGACUGCCACAAUGGAAAUGAAGCAUCUAGUAAUGUGAACAAGAACGAAUCCAUUGAUGAGACUGUAUCCCAAGAGGAUGUGGAGAAAACUGUCUCCAGUCUGUCGGAGAAUGAAACUGGAAUGAACUGUGAUCUUCAAGCAGAUGAGGGAAACAAAGAUGAAGUGGAGGAGAAACAGUGCAUUGACCCUGUUGUAUGUGAUAAUGUUCAAGAUCAUGAAGCGGAUCAUCUUCAAGUUAACACCCAAGAGGAGGCAGUUGAUCUAAACAAUGAAUCCCUAAAGGAGAGUGAACCAGAUGACAUUCCAAUGGAACUCAGCAAUCCAGAUGCUCCUUCCAUUGGCAACCGUUCACCGGACACAGAAACUAAAAUGGACGCUGAAGUUCAAUUGAAUGGCAGGCAAAUAGCAGCAAGCGCAGAAAACAUGCCUGGAAGUCCCAAUCUAUCAGACUGGUCAGGUGGAAGCUUUGAUGAGUGGUUAGCUAAGGAACAACAAAAGAACAUUGAUGAAGCUGGACCAGCAGCAGUCUCAACUCCAAGACCUGCUCUGAAAUCAAUCGUUGUAAUGGGAUCAAACAGCCACCAUGUUUCUUCCGCUGCUCUACAAGUGUCUGAAGACACCACUUCUCCUGCAGUCGCUGAAACAAAGCAUAUUAUGCACACUGAUGACGACUCGGAGGACCAUGAUGGGAUGAAACUAGAUGGAAUUCAAGGAGAUGUUGUAGUCGAUUCAGAAGAAUUCGUCACCAUCACCCAACCAGCUGCAGCGGAUGCUUCCUUGAUUUCGGGCAACAUGAAGCUCUCGUCACCUUUCGCAGCUGACGCACUUCGGGGCCAGUUUCCCAGACCCUCGUUGUCGGCCAAUAAACAGCAGGCAAUCCAGAAGAGUAGGGCCGACAUUGCAUCGGAAAUCAACAAGGAGAACGUUGACAACUGGGAGAUCAUGGGGAAGGAGGAGACUGGAAAAGAUGAAGCGACGAUGACGACGAAGAAAGAGGGUUCCAAAGAGUUGGAGGAGCUGAGUAUGAGGCAACUGGAAAAGAUGCUGAAGGAAAAGCUGCAGCUUGCUAACAAAAAGACUGAAAAGGUGGAGGAGAAGAGGCAGGCAAUGCAGAGGUUACCAGAGAAUCGUAUGCCGGUUGGCGAAACUGAUAGGAAGAACUAGAGAUCUUCAAGACCAAUUCGUCGAGUUUGAAAUGGAAAAUUUCAUUCUCCACUUCGUUGAUGUUCAAGACAAGACAAACCUUCUUGGUUUGCUUCCUUUUUUUUUCCUUCUUCUUCUUCUUCUUGGUUUUCAGGUUACAUGUUGUGAGUUUUGAUGAACGGUGAUACAAUAAUUUGUCAUUCUGGAGUUUGGUCUCCCUUUCUAGAGUUUGUAAACCCGUCAAUAGAAAUGAACUUGCUGUUCAAAAACGCCAAUAUUUUGGAACUGAAGAAGCUUGUGAGAUUCCCGCAAUAGCUCACGCCAAUGCACAAACUUGACAUUCAUCUGAGUGUUGGCCCGAAUGAUUGAAGACAUGGAUCCCACCCAGGCUGCUCCCCUCCACGACUUCAAAAAGUGCCCUCACUUUUGCUUUGAACGGGGUGGAACAAAGAAUAGUAUCAGCUCGUCCAUCAAAUACUUGUCCACGGUGGUUAACAACAUUAACACAAUAUGUUGCAGGUUGGGAGUCUCUUAUGAACGACCCAUCAUAGUGAAUCACCAUUGGAUGAUUGCUUGGCAGUGGAGAAGGAUGAGAUUGGGUUUCCUUGAGAUGACUAGAGGUGGGAGGGGCAUGAGGUUUGGAUAACCUCGGAUAUGUUGCCUACUCAAUGAAUUCUCUUACAGUUUGCAUGCAAAUGUUCGGGGGCCAUGGGGAGCGGUUUCUGUAGGCACGUUCAUUCCUCGCUUUCUAAAUAUUCUAGCAAAGGAAGAUAAAUAUGGAUGAUCUUUCUAUAUUGGAUUGAUUCCUUAAGAGAACAAAACCAAUCAACGAAAGAUGUCCACUCUCCUGAAUCAAUCCAGUCUUUGACUUUCUAUUGAUUCUAAGGGCCUACUCCCAAUAGUUUCCUUGUGUAGGUAAGGAAUCCAUGGAUCCUGAUCCACCCAAGUGUCUACUUUUGACCCUGUCAUUUGAACUGCUCCUAGAUCAAUAACAUCUUUUUGCCUCC